UAUCCCUCUUCGGAAAUGUUAAAUUUUUCAACGAAUACUCAUGGUUUGUUAGCUCAAAGGGAUGCAAUGCUGCAACAAGACUCAAGUGCUAAUCGAAAUGGUAGGCCUGUUGGGGUGGAGAAUGCUCCAUUUGAUACCCAUCCAGUGACUUUUGACUUUAACCCUUCAGCUAAGGCUAGUGAUGCAUACAACCCCGGCUACUUGAAAGGCUUUGUGCCGCAACAAAACUGUGAUUGGAAUGUGAAUUACAUGAAUGGCGGUCCGGCUACCAAUGGGUGCAAUCAGAGCCCCUCAUUUGUGGGGGGAAUUUUAUCUGGCAGUGUGAAGGAAAACAGCAUUCCUUCCUCUACCCUUUAUUCCUUGCCUGCCUCUAUUGGGUAUUAUGAUGUAAGAUCACCUUUGACUAACCCAUCCAAUGAAAUAUCUGAUGAAGAGAGUAUCAAGCAGUUUGGAGAAUUGCAGUUCAGUUCUCCUCUCUACCAAAAUACCCUUCGGCAAGUUGUGCGUACUACCAGCAUUGGCAGACAAGGUUUUGAAAUGGCUUCUUUUUCACAGCAAAAAAUCAGGGAAUCUGCUGGUUCAUGGGUAGAUGGUGGGAAUGAGUUGGUUCUUCCAUCUAACGGGAAUACAAAUGAUGGUCCACAGAUUAGUACUGCUGCUGUAUUGCUGCAUAAGCCAGUGGAUGGUAACCAUCAGUUGAAGUCUGAAUUGGGUUCCUUUGUGAACAAGAGGGAGGGAAGCGCUAGAACUGCUUCGAGUGAUUCUGCAUCUCAGAGUUUAUCCUUGUCACUCUCUUCACAUCGACCUUCUGACAUGCUUGCGGUUCAGUUUGGAGGAAGAUUUGGGUCAGAAAAUUUUCAAUCCCAAGGCAAUGCUUUUAGUGGUUCUCAAGAUUCAAAGACUAGUGGUUACUUGUGUUCAAGUUCACAAUCACCUCUUUCUAGAGGCUACGGAGGUUUCAUCGAAGGAAUCAUGUGCUCUUCUACAUAUACUAGACGAAGUACGGGUCCUCUUGGCCCCUUCAUUGGGUAUGCAACAAUUUUGAAGUGUUCAAAAUUCUUGAAGCCUGCACAACAGCUUCUUGAGGAAUUUUGUAAUGUUAUGAACCCAAGAUUCAUGAGGAUAUGUGAAACAACUGAGAAGGGUUCAAGAUACAUAAUCAGUUCAUGGGAUACCACUAAUGUUGAGACUGAAAUUGACACUAGGGCUGGGAGCUCUGGCGUCUCCUCUUCUUCAUUUUAUGGUUCUAAUGAAGCUAGUGGUGAAGGUGGAAGUGUAAGUGGACCUUAUCAGUCUUGUCACCCUGAGUUCCAACAAAGGAAGGCAAAGCUACUGUAUAUGCAAGAAGAGGUUUGGAGAAGAUUUAAGCAGUACCACCAGCAGAUGCAAAUGGUGGUAUCAUCAUUUGAAUCAGUAGCCGGUCUCAGUGCUGCUACCCCCUACACCUCCUUGGCUUUGAAAGCUGUUUCAAGGCACUUCCGGAGCCUGAAGAAUGUCAUCUCAGAUCGGCUUCGACACAUAAACAGGUCCAUUGGGGAGGAUUUGUCGUCCCCUGCCACCGGUAGUAGUAAAGGUGGAACAAUUGUGCCAAAGCUAAGGUUCAUUGACCAUAGCAUUCAUAAGCACAAGUCAGGUGGGGACAGUCUAGGCAUCCUUGAACCCCAACACCACAUCUGGAGACCUCAGAGGGGCCUCCCAGAAAAUUCAGUUGCCAUUCUAAGAGCAUGGCUGUUUGAACAUUUUCUUCAUCCGUAUCCAACCGACACAGACAAGGACAUGUUAGCUUCGCAAACUGGUCUUACUCGAAACCAGGUAUCAAAUUGGUUCAUCAAUGCUCGAGUGCGGGUGUGGAAACCUAUGGUUGAGGAGAUACACAUGCUUGAAACCAACCUGAAUUCCAGCAAUAAUGAUGUUGAACCAGCCAUCAGAAAUAGCAGUGAGCCAAUGGGAGAUCAUACCUUCAACAAGUUCAUGGUGGAUGCAGUUUCUGAGAAGCGAUCCAAGUGCUCGGGAGUGGUAUCCAUGAUGAACAAGAAAGAUAAUCAGAGUCCUCAAGAAUGUAAUCAGGGGAAGCGUUUGAGAAUGGGGAGUCAGUUUCCGGUCGAUGUUGGUGGGGGCUUAAUGGGUUGUAUGCCAUACAACCAGAACAGGCUAGAGAUUGGGAGAAUGGGAGCUGUGUCACUCACCUUAGGUCUCAGACACAGCGCCGAGAAUGCGCAACAGCUGCAGCAUAGACAGGAAAUACAACAGGAACAUCAGCUAAUCAGUCAUUUUGGGGCUCAGAUGAUGCAUGACUUUGUGGGUUAAUUUUGAGCAUUAUUGGGAAGGGGGAGGUUUCUGUGUUUUUUGAUUGGAUGGAGUGUAAGCUUGGGGGAAUAGAAAGAGGAAAUGUUAUCCACUUUUUGAAUCCUGUACUUUUGGUGGAUGUUGUAGAUGGGAAUAAUGGCUGAAGUGCACAGAAAGAGUUGGUCUAGGGGCAGCUGGGCACCAUCCAAAAGAGGUUGGAAUUGGAUAAGAGAUGAAAAAAGAGAGACUGGGGGUUUAAGGUAUACCUCAGUUCCAAGGC